CAACUAAAUCUUGCCAAAAACCAGCGGAAAUAUUGCUCAACCAAAAGUGAGGUUUUACAAACCGGCACAUGUGGAAAAUUACUGUUUGGGUUCCAGAAGAAUUAUUGUACAUUGAAUUAGGAACAACAUAGAGCAAGGGAAUGAAGUCAUCAUCUCCAUUACUUUAUAACUCUGUCACACGACGACGAUAGGACCGAAGAAGAAGACUGACAAAAUCUGGUUUCUUUUCCAUCUCAGACAGUGGAAAGUGGAGGAGUGCUGGAUCACUCGACAUUAUAUCCACCAAAAAAAAACGAUCUACGAGUCACAUUCUCAUAAUUUUAUCCACUUUGCCAUCGAAAUCAAAAUGGUACUCAUAAACAGAGUUUUCUCCACCCUGCUGAAAUGUCAACAAUUUAGACAGGGUGUGGUUUCCAGCUUGAACAUUGCUCGUCUGUCGACCACUUCAACAUGCUUCAGUGCUGCGAAAAAGUUCACAGACAAACACGAGUGGGUGGUCAUUGACGGCAAGGUGGGGACCGUCGGAAUCUCGCAUUACGCUCAAGACUCCCUCGGCGACAUUGUUUACGCUCAACUUCCGGACGUUGGAACAGACUUUUCGAUUAUGGAUGAAUGCGGGGCUUUAGAAAGUGUAAAGGCUGCAAGCGAGCUGUACUGUCCACUAUCAGGAAAAGUGACCGAAAAAAAUACCGCGGUGGAGAAUACACCAGCACUUAUCAAUCAGUCUUGCUACGAAAAAGGUUGGCUGUUCAAGUUAGAACUCACAAAACCAGAGGAGUUGAACGGACUAAUGGAUGAGCCAGCGUAUGAAAAGUUCUUGAAGGCGCAACACGAGGAGUGAUAGAUUUUAAGAAAAUGUUGAACCGUAAAUAAAUGAUGUGCAGUUUCAUGUAAUAAUGGAAUCAACUGUGACUUGUCAUGUCAUAUCUCUCGCCUCUAUUAAUAGAACGUGACUGUCAUUAAUAAAUAUGUCUUUAAUAAUCUAAA